CAGAGGUAAUAAAAAGCAAACUACUGUAAUUACACCUUUUUAGAUGGAAAGUUAGGUGCAGUGUGAAACUGUUGCCUCCAAACCUACCAGUCAGGCUGGACCAGUCCAAAAAGGAAGCUGUGAGGUAAGAAGCAGUCUCUAAGACAAAGUUGACAUUGCACUAUUUGUUGCCACACACGUCGAACGUGUUUAGUGUAUGACCUAGAGCCAGAAUACCAAAGACUCUGAUUUAAGUAAAAUAUUGAGACUGUGCAGCGAACGGAUCUGUCAGCUUUGUAGAAUGUCUGGAAUCUGAGAACAACGUCGGUUGGAAGGAGUGGAAGUGUUUGGAGAGGUGAGACGAUCGGCAUUGGGAGGGAACACAUGAAGAGGUAUAGCUCUUAAGAGCUUUUUAGUGAUACUCAAGCCUGAGAGAUGAGACAUGCUUUCCAGGAGGAGUUUUUCUCACAGAGCAUUGCCUGCACCUUCAAGAUAUCAUAUGUUUUCGGGGCUGGUCUUGCCAACAUGGAGAUAUUGUGACUUUUUGCCAGAAGAAUGAAUGGAAUUACUUCAACUAGAUCCAAGGGUGACAUGAGCUGGUCUGGGUUGGAUUUGAUAUCACACUACAGAAGUCAGUAGUGGAAACUUUGUUAGCAGUUUUACACAGAGACAUAUCAGGCUGCCGUCAUGUCCAACUCACACGAGCAGAGCCUUGAUGAGAAUGUAGUUUUUCUACCGGUGAAUGAGUCCUCCCCAGAGUUCCUCCAUUGUGAGAAGGAGCGUCAGGCAGUGGAGAGACUCCUCAAUGCAGGACCAGAGGCCUUCUACAGCUCCAUCGGCACAGAGCGCUCCGGCUGCUUCCUGUCUUCUGAAGAGGUCAGCCAGAUAAGCAGCUGGGCUCAGGACUAUCGCCUUCACCCGCUACAGGUGCAAAGACAGGAGAAUGGAGAGGACUGCAGCUCAGAGAUGGAGGACUUCUGUUCCACAUACUUCCCCUCCUUCACAGACACACCACCCCCGAGCCUGGAGCUGGGCUGGCCUGAGAAGAGCCCCUGGGGAGCCAAAGACAGCGUUAGAGUCCACACCAGCCCUCCUGCAGAGGGGGACCCUUCUGUCAGGCAGAUCAUCAGAUGGCACUUGCAAAAUGCUGGCGAAGUAAUUGCCAUUGUGACGGACAGAUUGACAGAUGGUGCAAUUAUUGGAGAUUUACACAAAGCUGCUUCCCGGGGUGUCCCUGUGUACAUCAUCCUGAACCAAAGGUCCAUUCAAGAGAACUUCACGCUCAACAGGCUCAGGCAUCCGAACAUGCAGGUACGUGUUCUUGGUGGGAAAACCUUUUGUUCGAGGACAGGAAGAAUGGUGGUCGGAGAAAUGAAAGACAAUUUCCUUCUAUUCGAUUUACAGACAGUGAUUCAUGGCAGCUACAGCCUCACAUGGACCGACGCCCACCUGCACCGGCAGCUGAUCACCGUUCUGAACGGCCCAGUUGUAGAAUCAUUCGACAGGGAGUUCAGGACCCUUUUUGCGGCUUCACUCCCUGUCCCUGACACAUGGAGGGAGGCAGAGACUCAUGUAGAUGUGACUCAUCAUCUGAAAGACCGCUCAGAUCUCGGGUUUCAAAGACAUCACCUUUAUGAGCCUGAGAUUGCCAAUCCUCCAUCCCCACCUGCUGAUUCCCUCCUUGACUGGGUAGCCAUGGGGGUUAUACACACUACAAAGUGCAGUCCUCUUGAUCAACACGAUGAAAUCAUGGCCAAGGAAAUGCAGGUGCAGAGCAAAUUCCUGUUUGAUCAGCAGGAGGAAAUCAUGGCCAAGGAGAUGCAGAUGCAGAGCCAAAUGCUGUUUGAUAAAAACACACUCUUUAUGGACAGUUUUAGGCCUACUUACAAUGGAAACCAAUUUGUGGAUAACAAAAGGGUGUAUCGAAACACUUCUCCAGUGACAAACAAUGUGCCACAUAAAUUACCAACUUUCAAGGUGGAUCACAUAAUAAAUAAGGCUAUUGCCCGACAACUCUCCGCAGAGAAGAGCACCAAUUUAGAUGACAGAACACGAACAAGACUUGAUGAUGAAGGAACAGAACCAACACACAAUAUAAACAUCCUUCCAUUUUCGGAGAGAAGAGAGACCUUAAAGAGGGAAGCCAUAUUGGGAGAAGUGGGAAGCAUAAAUAAAACUAGCUCACCCGUGGAGAACAAACCAUCUUCUAGAAAACCUCUGAUCCUAAUGGUGCCGCAGUCUGAGAGCUACAAAUCCCUGAGUGACAUCAUGAAGAGGACUCAUCCCCAGCAGAGCCCUUCAGGACAGAUCGGGAAAGGAUCGAAGGCCGCCGCGUCAGAACUGACCCAGACUAUGAUGGAGCUGAGUGUAAACAAAACACAAAACAGAGGAGUCCCGGUGCCAAGGUUUAUGGCCAGUUGCUUUGACCCAGAUCAAAUGACACCUGCUCUUAACCUGAUGAGGAAGAGGAACGAUGAGUUGAAACCGUUAUUGUACAGAAGUCAACAAAACCUUUUGCCCAGAGAGAGGCCCCGCAGCUCCUCUUAUGCGUCCUGGAGGUGGCCACUCGCAGAGGCGGAGGGUAAACAGGAAUGAGAAGCAAGGAAGAACAUACAUGAUCAAUAACUUCUGUAAAAACAUUUUUUUUCACUGACCAAGGACAGCCGUCAACAGUGGAUAGUUACAACCUCUGCAGUGUUAACCCAAAUCAGGCCAAAAACAGGCUAUGACUGAGAAUAAAGCCAUUGUUAUAUGCAUGUCUGUAAAUUCUACCUGUUAAUUUGAUGUUUUUUGUUAUGUUAAUGUUGCUCCUCUUGAAUAGUAUUAACCUUUUUCACCACUACAAGGCUGUACAAAUUACAAUAGGACCUUUUGAUUAAAAUAUAGAAUAACAAA